CUUCUAACCCACGUUUACGUCGGACCCAAAUACAAGUUACACAAAGCUCGUGCAUGGUGCCCUUCAAUCACAGGAGUUUGUGAAAUUGUCUUUGCUCUUUUUGCCCCCUUUUUAACUUUUUGUUAUUAUUUUUCAUGUAUUUGUGAAAAUAGUUGUUCCACAAUGACGACGAGGACCGUGUGUCGUUUUCUUUAUCGCAGAUUCUCAUCCACAGCAGCAGCAGCUGUGCGUCCAGCAGCCGCUGAGGUUCGUAGCCACCGUAACGAUGUUUUCUCCAGAGAACAGGCGCGACAGAGAGGUCUGUACCCACGCAUCGAGAAGAUCGAGGUGUCCAUGAAUGGCCCGGGGCUGCAUGGAACACUACUCAUCAUGAACAAAGGGAUGUCCACACCGCUGAGCUGUGCACGACAUUUGACCGAGUAUCAUGUAAAUAAUUCAGUCCUGGCUCUGGUAGACGGUGAACUCUGGCCUCUCCACCAGCCGCUCACACAGUCGUGUUCACUCACUCUGCUCACAUUCAAAGAUAAUGACCCAACACAGGUCAACCAGGCUUACUGGCGUUCGUGUGCUGCUUUACUGGGUCAGGUGUUGGAGACUGCAUUCAAGGACACCUACACUGUGGAGCUGCUCAGUACACCUGAGGUUCCAGUAACUGCAGGAGCUUUCUGCUGCGACGUGGCACUCGAUCCACAGCUGGAUUCAUGGACUCCUACUGAUGAGACAUUACGAUCUCUGACCCGUGGUGCUCUGCAGCUGGUCCAGCAGGAUCUCCCCUGGGAACCAUUGGAGGUGGCGCCCUCUGUGGCCCUGGAUGUUUUCUCUCACAGCAGGUUUAAACAGAAAGAAGUGGAAAGGUUUGCAGCAGAGAAUUCCAAAGGCACAGUCAUGCUCUACAGGUGUGGGGACCAUGUACUGUUGAGUGGGGGCCCUCUAGUGGCCAGGACAGGGCUGUGUUCACAGUAUGAGGUGACGGCUCUUCACAGCUUGGGUCAGGGGCCCUGGGGGUUCCACCGCCGGGCACAGGGCCUGUCGUUGCCUGCGCAGCUCAUGGCUCAUCACACAGUCUGGAGGAAACUCAGGCAGCGAGCAGAGAAACUGGUGCAGGAGCCCAGGAAUGAAGGAGCAACAGAGUCUCCUGCUUCUGACUCUUCUCCACCUCCGAGCGGCCCGUGAUGACCUGGGGUUAACCUCCACUUUCACACACACACACACACACACAAUUACGCACUUAGAGAAGUGUCUGGAUUUAUUAUUUGUUCAAUAAAUGUUUAAAGGAAGUAAAUCACCACAAGAAUUGCCUUCAAGGUCGACCCAAACUCUGUGUUGCAUUGUGUAUUAAAAGGACAGAUUUUAACUGUCCCUUGAGGACGA